CAGAGAGCUGUACCGGGCAGGACCUGGCAGACCUUGGAGACCGCCUCAGAGACUGGUUCCAACUGCUCCAUGGAAACGCCAAGCAGAACAACUCAGGCAAGCCUGGACCUGGCACCGUCUCAGUCCUGGACAAGAGCCUGGUGGCCAGCUGUAAGGAUUCCAUAGGCUGGAUGUUCUCUAAGCUGGAUACUAAUACUGACCUGUAUCUGGACCAGGCCGAGCUGGCAGCUAUCAACCUGGACAAGUAUGAGGUGUGCAUCCGCCCCUUCUUCAACUCCUGUGACGGAUACAAGGAUGGGAGGGUUUCCACCGCAGAGUGGUGCCUCUGCUUCUGGAGGGAAAAGCCCGCUUGUCUGGCUGAACUAGAGAGGAUCCAGGUUCAACAAGUGGCCAAGAAGAAGCCUGGCAUGUACAUCCCCAGCUGCGAUGAGGACGGCUACUACAGGCAGCUGCAGUGUGACCAGAGCAUGGGAGAGUGUUGGUGUGUCGACCAGCACGGAGGAGAAAUUAUGGGCUCUAGAAUCCAUGGCAACCCUGACUGUGAUGAACUGCUGGGAUAUUCCGGAGAUUUUGGGAGUGGCGUGGGAUGGGAGGAUGAGGAAGAGAAGGAGGAGAACGGAGAAGAGGAGGAGGAGGAAGAGGAAGAGGGGGAGGCAGACGACGGAGGAUACAUCUGGUAGAAACUGAACCCAAACGGAGAACCUGGUCAGGAUGGAUCCACUGGCCUACAACUACAGGGAUGAUGGCUGAGGCUUGCGUCCCAAAUGGCACCCUAUUCCCUAUGUAGUGCACUACUUUUGACCAGGUCUCAUAGGGACACCCAUAGGGGGUCUGUCAAAAGUAGUGCACUAUAUAGGGAAUAGGGUGUCAUUGGGGAUGCAAGCAUCUUUGUCUCCUAACAGCAAAAGAUUUGGGGAUUUCGGGGCAUGGGAUUCUGUCUCUAUUGUCGUUGAUCUGGGGAGU